AAAAUUGUUGAAUAGACACACAAAGCAAACAUUUCUUGAUUUCGUCUUUACCAACUUGAUUAGUUUCGAUCAUUUUUAGUGCAGAAAUGGAUUGUGUAAAACUUGUAUUUUUUAUGCUCUAUACCUUUCUCUGUCAACUUGCUUUCUCGUCAACCUUACAUCAUUUGUGCCCUGAAGAUGAAUCUCUUUCUCUUCUACAAUUCAAGAACAUGUUUACCAUUAAUCCUGAUGCUUCUUAUGAUUGUGUGUUUUCUCAUCCAAAGACUCGUUCAUGGAACAACAGCAUAGAUUGUUGCUCAUGGAAUGGAGUUCAUUGUGACGAGACGACAGGGCAAGUGAUUGAGCUUGAUCUCCGUUGCAGCCAACUUCAAGGCAAGUUUCAUUCCAAUAGUAGCCUCUUUCAACUCUCCAAUCUUAAAAGGCUUGAUCUGUCUUAUAAUAAUUUCACCGGAUCACUCAUUUCACCUAAACUUGGUGAGUUUUUAAGUUUAACGCAUCUUGAUUUGUUUGGUUCAGAUUUUACAGGUAUAAUCCCUUCCGAAAUUUGUCACCUUUCUAAACUACACAUUCUUCGUAUCGGUUAUCAAUAUGGGCUUAGUCUUGUACCUCACAAUUUUGAACUGCUCCUUAAGAACUUGACCCAAUUAAGAGAGCUCAACCUUGACUCUGUGAAAAUCUCUUCCACAGUUCCUUCAAAUUUCUCUUCUCAUUUAACGAAUCUACAGCUUCCACACACAAAGUUACGUGGGAUAUUGCCCGAAAGAGUUUUCCACCUUUCCGACUUAGAAUUUCUCAAUUUAUCAGACAAUCCCCAGCUCACAGUUAGGUUUCCCACAACCAAAUGGAAUAGCAGUGCAUCACUCAUCAAGUUAUAUCUCAAUGGUGUGGAUUUUACUGGUAGGAUAAAUGAAUCAUUUAGCUAUCUAACUGCACUUCAUGAGCUGGACAUGCGUUAUACUAAUCUGUCAGGGCCCAUUCCUAACCCUCUAUGGAAUCUCACCCACAUAGAGAGUUUGUUCCUUGAUUAUAACCAUCUUGAAGGACCAAUUUCCCAGUUCUCGAUAUUUGAAAAGCUCAAGGUGCUUAUACUUAGAAAUAACAACUUGGAUGGCGGACUUGCGUUCUUAUCCUCUAACAAAAGUUGGACCCAACUUGAAUUGCUAGACUUCUCAUCCAAUUCCCUAACUGGUCCAAUUCCAUCCAACGUAAGUGGACUACGAAAUCUACAAUUUCUCUUGUUGUCAUCAAACCACUUGAAUGGGACUAUACCUUCCUGGAUAUUCUCCCUUCCUUCACUGACAGAGUUAAAGUUGAGUGAUAACACUUUGAGUGGAAAAAUUCAGGAGUUCAAGUCCAAAACAUUAGAUAUCAUUAGUCUAGAACAAAAUAAGCUGGAAGGUCCAAUUCCAAGGUCACUCCUAAACCAGCAGUUCCUACAAGCUCUUCUCCUUUCACACAAUAGCAUCAGUGGACAUAUUUCUUCAGAUAUAUGCAAUCUGAAAACAUUACUACUACUAAAUUUGAGAAGCAAUAAUUUGGAGGGAACAAUCCCACAAUGUUUGGGUGAGAUGAGUGAACUUCAAGUUUUGGAUUUAAGCAACAAUAGUCUUAGUGGGACAAUGAAUACAACUUUUAGUAUUGGAAACCCACUCUACAUCAUUAAAUUGGACUGGAAUAAGCUACAGGGGAAAGUUCCACCAUCUUUGAUCAACUGUGAAAAAUUGGAACUUCUAGAUUUAAGUAACAAUGAGUUGAAUGACACGUUUCCAAAAUGGUUAGGUGACCUACCUAAUUUGCAGGUUUUAAACUUUAGAUCAAAUAAGUUCUAUGGACCUAUAAGGACUAACAAUUUGUUUGCUAAAAUUCGAGUCAUAAAUCUCUCAUCCAAUAGAUUUAGUGGAAAUUUACCAAUGAGCUUCUUUGAGAAUUUUGAAGCCAUGAAAAUAAAUGAUGAGAACAAUGGAACCCGAAAGUAUGUAGCAGAUACAUAUUUUGAUUAUUACAAAAGUUCUUUCAUAGUGACAACAAAGGGACUGGAUAAUGAACUUCCUCGAGUUUCGACUACACAAAUAAUUAUCGAUCUCUCAAUGAAUAGAUUCAAAGGUCAUAUUCCAAGCAUUAUUGGAGAUCUCAUUGGACUACGUGUGUUGAACUUAUCACAUAAUGUCUUGGAAGGUCAUAUACCAGCAUCACUGCACAAAUUAUCUGUACUUGAAUCAUUGGAUCUCUCAUGUAACAAAAUUGGCGGUGAAAUCCCACAACAACUUGUAUCCCUCACAUUUCUUGAAGUCUUGAAUCUCUCUAACAAUCAUCUUGUUGGAUGCAUCCCCAAAGGAAAACAAUUUGCUACGUUUGAGAACAAUUCAUACCUAGGAAAUGAUGGAUUACGUGGAUUGCCACUCUCAAGAGAUUGUGGCCGUGAUGAUCAAGCGACAACUCCAGCUGAGCUAGAUCAAGAAGAAGAAGAAGAAGAUUCACCAAUGAUCAGUUGGCAGGGGGUGCUCGUGGGUUAUGGUUUUGGACUAGUUAUUGGAUUGUCCAUAAUAUACAUAAUGUGGUCAACUCAAUAUCCAACAUGGUUUUCGAGGAUGGGUUUAAAUUUGGAACACAAAAUUAGUACGAGAAUGAAAAGGCACAAGAAAAGAUAUUAGUGUGUAGCUACCUCCAGGAUUCAAGUCUAGUGAGUUGCUGGAAUGCAAAAGCAUGAGUUUUAAAUUUAUCUAUAGUUUGUGUAUGUAGUAAGAUAUUCAGCCUAAUUAUUAGUUAGCUAAUUUAAUUAGGCUGCAAAGUUCAGUUAAUUAUAAAAUUAUGUAAGUUAUCUCAUUUUGAUUAUUGGAGAAAAGAAAAGAUAUAAAUAAUUAAGACUUUUGUUGCAUAAAUGAGUUAAGAUCAUUGUUUUUUAUAGUAACAUCUUUCUUGAAAUUAAUGUAAUGGCUUCAUGGUUAGCCACUAAUUAAAACCAUAGCAAAGUCCAAAUAAAUAUUAGUUUAGUGUAA